AUGCCACCGGUGACGCUCGACCCCAUUUACGUCUCGUUCCACAACGACGACAGCAGCAUGACGACGUCGUGCCUCGUUGACGGGCGUUCCGACACGUUCAUUCUCACCACUGGUGGGUUCCCGCAAGACAUCAUCUUCGCCGUCGGCACCUCCGCCGCGCCGAGCAUCUCGCGCUUGCAGCUGUGCCUCCACGAGGCGAAGGACAUCGUCGUGGAGCGCUGCAGCUCCGCACUGCCCACCGCCUUUGAGAAAGUCGCCGAGCGCACGCUGAAGCGCUCCGCUGACGGCAGCAAGCAGAUCGAGCAGCUCGACUUCGACGUGAACGGCGCCGGCAAGGGGGUGCGGUACUUCCGCCUCCGCCUUCUGUCGGGCUACAGCCAGUUCGUCGGACUGUGGAGCGUAGAGGCGGAGGGCGAAGAGUCACAGCAGCGCAUCGCCGUGAUUGAGUCGCGCCCCGAGGUGGUGCUUUGA